CGCCGCCAAAAAUUCAAACACUCCGAACCCACGACGACGAAGCAGUGUAACCAACAGCGAUGACGACACCAAACAGCAGAAGCAGAGACCAUGAUGAUGGUGCUGGUGUUGCUGACAGCGGCACACUGCUGCUGAGAUCUGUGGAGAACACGACGCCCAAUGCACAGGCACCAGCAGUGGCGAAGAAGCCAACGCUGGCAACUAUGGAAGAUGUCGGGUCCACAGCGGAGUGGGUCAAGCAAGCGAAGCAGAACAAGCAGGUGAAGAAGAAGAUGACGAAAAGGAAGAAGCCUGUGCCUCUGCCACGAACACCAAGCAAGAAACACACCACAGCACACAGCGGUGUGAAGAGAGCGGCACAAGCACAGCCGCAGCAAUUGGACACUGACCAGGUUGAUCUCGUUCGCGUCGUCCCCCUGGAUGAGGACACAGUCGUGGAGCAGUUGAAGGACAAGUUCAACCGCGGCGUCUGGUACAGCCUCGCAGGGCCAACGUUGAUCGCCGUCAAUCCAUUCACGGAUGAAAACCCAAUCCCCGCAAGCACCUACAAGGCACUCUGUGCAGAGAAAGGUGAUGCGUGUGUCCCACACGUGUACACCAUUGCCCAGCGUGCGCUGCAACUGCUGCCGGAGACUGCGCAAUCUCAAGUCAUUGUCCUCUCGGGCCAGAGCGGCGCCGGCAAGACGUUCAGUUCCAACCUGAUCCUGGACUACCUCACGCACACCAGCAGCUCGCCAUCAUCCUUGCACAGCAGCCCAUCGCAUCCUGUGGUUGAGGCGCUGGCGGCCUCGAGUGUUCUGCUUGAAGCGUUUGGUAACGCCGGAACCGUGAACAACCACAACUCAAGUCGCUUUGGAAAGUUUGUGGACCUUCAUUUCUCCACACAGAGCUCGCUCACAUCCGCAACCAUGAAGACUUACCUGCUCGAGGCGUCGCGUGUGACGGCGCAGCAAGCCGGCGAGCGAAACUUUCACAUCUUCCACUACAUGGACGAAGACAACUACGCACACGAACACCUGGGCAUGCCAAAGGAUCUGUUUGCACAAUCGCGCUUCAUGCCGCAACGCAAGGACAUUGGCAGCCCAGCAAAACACCACGACCACGCACAGACACACACGCACGCGCUUGCAUCUGUUGUUUGCGGCAUGGCAAAGGCGUCGCUCUCCCAGGAGCAACAAACCGCCAUUCUGCAGGGCGUGUGCGCCGUCGUGGCGUUGGGGACAGUCGACCCUGCGUUGGUCGUCACGUCUUCAUCGCCUGUGCCAUCACUGGUUCAUGUGGCGCAACUGCUUGACGCAGACGCUGACACGCUGUUUGCGCAUCUAAAGUACGACCGGCUGCAGUGCGGGCGCGAGUGUGUGCACAAACCACGAAGCGUGGAUGCUGUUGCAACCACAACCGCCGCCCUUGCUCGCUUCCUCUACAAGCGCAUCUUUGCGUGUGUUGUUCGCAGCAUCAAUGACACCCUCUCCGCAACGGUGACACUGGCAUCCAAGCAGCACCAAGAGCAGUCACAAUCCACCAUCGGGCUCCUUGACAUCUUUGGGUUUGAGGCGCUGCGGACCAACGCGCUCGAGCAGCUGUGCAUCAACUUUGUCAACGAGCGCCUUCAACGCCAUUUCGUGGAGCACAUGAUCGAUGCGGAAUUGCGUGUGUACAAGACCGAGGGGCUGCUCGAUUCGCAGCUGCUGCUUUCUCCCACGAGCGACGCAUGUGUGCAGCUGCUGUCACAGCACUCGCACUCCAUCUUCCGGCUACUCGAUGAGGCUUGCAGGCUCAAGCGGCGCAAGUCGCAGUCGAGUCAGAUUUCAUUCGCGCAGCGGUGCGACCAUGUUCUCGCCGCCAAAUUCAAAGAUCGGUUUGUUGGGCCAACGGCACGACAGCCGGGAACAUUUGUGAUCAAGCACUACGCGGGCGCUGUCACGUACUCUGCUGACGAUAUGCCCACACAGAACAAGGACGUCAAUGAAGCAGUGUUUCGUGCGCUGUGCACAGAGGCAGAGGUUGCCCUCUUCCGGGAUGCAUGGUGUGAACCAUCACCAUCGACAUCAGCAACAACAUCAUCGACGUCAGCAACAACAUCAUCCGGGACACCCUCCACCGCCUCAACAUCGUCGUCGUCAACAACACCGCGAUCAAAGCACGCCACCAUCACCGCCCAGUUUGUGUCCGACAUCAACGCGCUGUUUCGACGGCUGUGCGCUUGCCGGGUGCACUACAUUCGUUGUCUCGCAUCAAACAGUACCGAAACUCAGCUUCACUUUGACGACAACGUGGUGCGGCAACAGCUCCGAGCUGGCGGUAUUGUCGACAGUUUGCGUGUGUUUGCGGCCGGACGUCCCGUCCACAUCCGCUACGACGAGUUCAUCGCCAAAUACAAACCGCUGCUGGCGGCAGCCGCAAGCAGUGCAACGCACGCCAAGGAUGUGGUGCAAUGUGCACUGCCAACGUUGCUGCAGCUGAAUGAUAUGGACGAGAGCGAGCGACCGCUGUUUGGGAACACGAUCCUGUUUCUCAAGGACAACCACAUCAUCCAGCUCAACACACUAUUGCAUCAAGUGCUGAAGCAGAGCGCCGUUGUGAUGCAAUGUGUAGUUCGCGGCUUUCUUGCACGCCGCCUCGCAGCAGCGCUUCGGGUGGAAGCAGAAGAGCAGCGAAGAAAACAGCAGGAAGAAGAGGAGGAGGAGAGGCGACGGGCAAAAGAAGAACAGGAACAGCAGCAGCAGCAGCAGCUGGAACGACUCGCCCGUGAGGAAGCAGAGACGAGGAAGUGGCAGCAGCAACAGCAGCAACAGCAGCGAUGGGAGGCUGGUGUUAAGCCAGUGGCAAGUGAAGUGCAACGUGUGAUGAACAAAGCGCAACAACAGCAGGAAGAGGUGGAAGUUGAACAGCAGUGUACAAGCGAGCAAGCUGUUCCAGCAUCAUUACCACCACAGACGGAAACCAUCACCCCAACUUGGCCUGCUCUUCCCCGCUCCGUUCUUCGUAACGCCGCCUUCGCCAACGCCACUCCUCUCCCUCCCAUGUAGCAGCACUGACACGCAAGGCACACGUGCGCUCGCUUACACAUACACAAACACACACUCACAUACACACACACACAUACACACUUACUCACUCCACACACACUCACGUACACACUUACUCACUCCACACAC